CCUUGCCCCUCAACCAAAUCCUCCACUCUUGAAACCAUGUGCUACUACAGCAACUACUAUGGUGGUCUGCGUUAUGGCUAUGGAGGCCUGGGCGGUGGCUAUGGCCGUGGCUAUGGUGGCUAUGGAUAUGGCUGCUGCCGCCCAUCUUGCUAUGGAAGAUACUGGUCCUGUGGCUUCUACUGA